AACAAAAAAAAAACAAAACAAAAAAACUGGGAGUCCUGAAUUGGAAAGGCCCUUAUCCAUACUAAGAUCAUGUAGAGAUUUGUUACCCAAUCACUGGAUUCAAAAACAACUCCCACCAGAUCAUUCCAUAUAUGACCGUUGGGGAUUCGAAUUUUAAAAACCACAUCUUUCCCUACACAGCAUAGUUGUGAACGCUUCAAAGACCAUGUCCACAAAACAAAGCCUCUCUCCUAAACCCGGAAACGCUCAAGCAGCCAUGAAAUGCGCCCUCUCAUCGUCGCCGUCGAUGACAACGACAUCAUCCUCAGUGAAAUCGAGCACCACCACCGCCAUGGACGACGACAGAUCUGAAAACCGCGACAGCUGCUACUACCCAGGAUGCCGGAAAGAUGCCAACUGCAACUGCGAAAUGUGCUUGGCCAGCAUCAAUGCCACUCUCGAUCUCAUGCCUUUUAGCAUCCAGAAAAGCCCGCUCACCAAAUUCUCAUCUUCAAGGCCUAAGAACAACCCAAGUGUUGAACGCACCCCCAUCUCUUUCGAUGCUUCGAUUUUGUCCACACCCACGUCGGGCUCUCCCCCGAUUCCUGUGUCCCCGGAGCUUAAACCGGCUGCAAGAUUGAAAUCGAAGAAGAAGACUAAGAAGAUGGAGAGAAAAUGGGGUUUUGGGUGUGAGUUUUGGGGAUUGAUUUUGGGUUUAAUCUUGGUUUAUCUGGCGAUGUGCGGAUUUUAUAAGAUGGUUUCGGGUGCAUUGAAACCAAUUCUGUCGCCGGAGAUGGUAAGAAAUGUUAGUGAAAAAUCUUGGGUUGUGGAUGAUAUGAAUGGCAGGCUGAGGUUCUUGCAGAAAGACAUGCAGGGUCUUGUUCCUAGGAGGGUUUCGAAUUGCAGCUAUCCUAGUUCUAUAUGGGACAUUAGUCAGGAUGGUUUGCUUCUAAGCUCACAUUGCACAUUGUAUAAAUCUGCAAUUGAGGAGGUGCGGAUAUGGGGAUGGCCAUUGCAGACUGCCGGGUUGCUCACGAGUGGGUUUUCUUCCCGGUCUUUCACAAUCUUAUCCGGCAGAGUCACAGAGUGGUCGGAUGGAAAGGUCGGUAGCUAUGUGAUUCGGAAGCCAAACACUUCGUGGGUGCGGAGAAGUUGGGGUGCCUCAGCUGUGCAGCUAGAUCCCAAUACAUGGAUUCUUGAGUACCGGUGGAGCACGAUAUGCGAUAACCAAAGAUUGGUUUCAGCAGCACUAGCGUUUUUGAAGAAUAUGAUCUCAAGAAUGCUUGGAAAGAUGCAGCAGAAAUUUUGGCUCUUAUCUACUUUUGGCAACAACCAGUACCUUGAAACUAGUGCAAAUUACAAUAUCGAAAUCCCAACCUAAAGAGCUCAGCGGACAUCAUCGGAGGUGCAAUGUUUUCUCUCAGCAGAUAUCCGGACGUCAUAUCUUGUGAGAAGCUUCGAAAAAAUGUCCCCUUGUUAUGUUGUAUUGCGGAACCGGUUGAGCUUAAUUGUUGAUCUGAUCUCGAACUGUAUAUGUUCCCUAACGGUGUAAUGUAAUCGGGAAAUUGUUGCUUUCC